AGGUAGCAGGGCUGGGGGGAAUCUAUCAAUAAACUACAGUUGACUUAAUUAAUACAACUCAACGCGAACAGCCUACGUUGCUGUUGUCAUGCUCUUCGUGCUAGAAGAAGUAGAGGCACUACGCUGAUGCGCGAGAAAGUAGUAAGUACUGAUGGAAAUUUUGGUACUAAUAGCGACUUCGACUUGUUUGAGGAGUUGUCAGGGCAUGUCAGAUUAAUGAUGAUACUGCUUUGAUACUUCUUCUGCGUAAAAAAUGAACGAAUCGCACAGUGUAAGUAUUUGUAAUUGAGGGACUGUUCUUAGCACAGUGUAUGCUUAGAGUCUAAAAACGAACCUGUACAUAUGAGAUAUCGAAGUUGUUGCGAUCUGAGUUUGACGAUGACCACGACCAUUGAUCAUCGUCAGUCACUCUUGCCGUAACUAAGUAAUCUUUUUAUUAUACUUGAAGAGGGAAACAAUAACGCUUACUGUACUAUACAAUUCAUGUUUGGGUGACAUUCUUGUACAUAUUUUUGUUUGAGCUUUUUUAUUACUUUCAAUUACAUGUGGUUGCGCUGACGAUGCAAGAGACACAGAACUGUGUUUUGUUACUGAGACUUUUCAGUAAAACUAAAACUGCUGGCCCGUUGCAUGGCCCCCUGCUGCCUGCCUUCGACAUUAUACUGGUUCAGCAAGCUACUGGUUAUGUAACUGCGUGAUGGCGAUGGUGAGAGGUACAGGAAAGUAACGUCACGCAUGCUGAGAAGCAGCAGCAACGAUCGCACAACAAGACUCUAGUGUGAAGCUGAAUCUUCAACGGAAGUGUUGGUGUCUUUUACGGUCAUCAUAGAUCAACGAGAUACGAAGUAUUAAACGAAGAUUCAGCGAAUAAUUCCACUUCCCAAGCCCAACCACAUACCAUCAACAUGGCAGCGAACCAAUGGAUGUGGGGUGGGUACCAGCCCUACAUUGGUGGUAACCUUACCUACAGAUGUCCUCGGGGGACAUUUAGGGACCGGGAGUCGCCAGAAUGGGUCAAGCACAGGCUGUACGGUUGGUUUCAAGAAUUCACGGAUUAUUACGCGGAAGAAGGGUAAUGAUGAUGUUUUUUCCAAAAUACUAGUAACAAGCUUGGUUUGUUCGUUUUUAUUAGGAAGAGCUAUGAAUAUACAAUGUGAAUGGUAUUUAGUAGUAGGUUUAGGUAAGCGUAAGUAUCUGAUACUACAAAGGAAAAGGACCAGGUGCAGCUUGAUUCGAAACCACGCUUUUCCGAGAACUACAACAACGUCAACAUGACACGACGAAAAUGAAAAUAUUCCACACGACAAAGGUAUUUGUACGAGCAUGAGGCGGAUGAGUGGGGGGAAAUAUCAGCGCUCUCCCGAGGAAUAGUGGAGAUGCCCGAGUUGCAGUUUAAUAUGAACGAGUUUCAGCUGUUAGCCGGCAACUAUGAAGAUUCUUCUAGUAGUAGCUCAUCUUCCACAUCUUCAGCGAUUGGCCUGGGUGUUCAACAUGAAACAAGCCAAAGCGGUUUAUUACCGUCUGCUUCUCUUCCUACUGCUUUUAGCAAUAAUAAUUAUACGAGUUGUACCACACCAGGUCCAGGACAAGAAGGACAACUACUAGGUGUCGCUGGAGGACUUGGAGCUUCCACAACUGCAACUCUCUCUUCCCUACUUCAACAACAACCGCAUAGUCCGCCUUCAAUUUUCUCUAGUCCUGCACCUGCUGGCGGAGUACCCGUAUCUCUAUGUCCUGGAUCCGCACACCUAGCUGGAUCCGCUUCAGGCGCUCCUUUGACGACGAGUAAAGACACAAUACCAUCGAGCUCUUCCUCUAGUCAGAAGGACUCACCACCUCUUCCGCCAGCGGCGUUUCUCCAACGAUCAGUGUCCCAUUCCCUUCUUCCUCGUUCGUCCUCAGAUGGCGCCAACCGCCGAAUAUUUACCCGACCCCGCCAGUUGAAAUGUCUAGAGACAUUUCCCGGAGAAACAGUGCAGCCGGAUAAGAAUGGAAGGUAUACUAGGUGUAAUCUUAGCUUACAACUAGUAAUCGUUGAAAUCCUGUAAGAGUUGUGUCCUUGUGUAUUAAGAGUUGUUCCGCGUUUGUAAAGACGAGCACCACGUCGAAAUUCCUUUACACAAACGAGCUAACUCAGGAUGGUUCCCGCUCUUGCCACCCUAUGUUGAUCUACUUCCAUCAAAUCCUCUGCUGACGAACAACAGGUAUCGCGGUGUCAAGAUUCCCCGUUUAGUCUUGCGAAGUCUCAGGAGAAGGCCAGUGGAGUUAGUCCACGUAAUGCGGGAUGUGCAUGUAGACGAGAACUCUCUGCAUUUCCGCAUAUCGCCACAACUCAUGAGAGCCGCGAAGCCUGGCGAUGCCUCGACUAAGCUGCCCGCCGGAGAAUCACCACAAAGCCCAAAGAGAAAGAGGUCAGAAGUGGGAGCGAGUAAGAAGCAGGAGUGGUGGUACGCUUAGUUGCUUACAGUUUAUUCAGAGUGAUGGUACGCUUAGUUGCUUAUUUCAUCGAUCGUUCAAUUCUUUUCCUAUCCCAUCCUAUCCCAUCCUAUCCCAUCCUAUCCCAUCCUAUCCCAUCCUAUCCCAUCCUAUCCUAUCCUAUCCUAUCCGUGAACUUACUACAUUCUACGUCCUCAAAUCGAUCCUUGUUCACGCACCUUGUCCAACAGGGAAGAAGGCUACACAGACGGGUCCAGCGAACGACCAUGGGAAAUAUGGGGGAUGUCGAAGGCAGUGUGGGAAAGAAAUCAACGAAUCGAAAGGGAAGCCAGGGAAAGGGAGAAGGAACAGGUAAUGAGACUUUGAACCUUUCCUUUGCGUCCUAAUUAAGGUUUGAGACACUACCUCGUGCUAGGUAAAUGAAUGAAUGAAUGAAUUGUUAUUGUUUGUUUUCACCUCUAUUCAAACAAUGACCUGUUAUUGUUUGUUUUUCGAACAUGUUGAAUAUUUCGUGCUCCUUUUCAUGGUGUAGUCUAAGUACAAAAGUCAGAUGUUGAGAAUGAUACUCUUGUCCUCCACUGUACAUCAAAUACUACCACUACACAGGAGCGACAGAGGCUUGAGAAGCAAGCAGAGGCUAAGCGUAGGAGCUCAACGCCUGGCACACCAAAUGCAACUGCUAUUGUUCCAGACGCGGCACGGACUGCUAGCGAGGUAGUAAGACUUACAAUUACUAACUUGCAUUGAGGCAGAACAGCUGCAUUCGUGGAACUUGAAUUUCUUUGAUGAUAAAGAACAUUUUCCCUCUGGACUGUAACUAGUACAGAAUUUGAGUUUCAUGAUUUCCAAAAAAAAAAUCUCUCCCCUAAUCUUCCGCAGAACGCUGCGCCCGUAGUUGCAUCUUCUUCCACUAGCUCAAGCAAGGGCACUGACAUGACCAUGCUGAAGCAGUUACUAGAGUCGAAGAAACGAACUCUGAAAGACGCACCUAUGAAGAAGACCCUCACAGAAACUAGUGCAACGUCUCGCGGUGGAGGUACCAGUAGUAAUACACUCACCAUCGACGCAUCACCUGAGCUAGUAGGGGCACACGAUCAUCAAGGUGACGACCAGAGUGCUGGAGGAUACAGGUCAGACGAUUCUAUGGGAGGUGCUAAUGAACUGACGAAAUGGCGAAGAAAAGAACGCAAAAAACACAUACUACACAGAGAAGAAAUGCUUGGAGGAGGCCGUGAUAAAUCUAACCUCGACGGCGGUGGAAAUUCCAAAGGCAUCGAUGGACGGCCUGCCAAGAAGAAGAAGAAAAACAAGGGCACCACAAGGGAACCCAGUAGUGACUUCAGCGACCACGACAAUCAACAUCAAGGUCACAGUAGAGGUGGAAAAGACCAAAGUUUGGACAACAGUUUCGUGGACAACAUGAAAAGUUCUAGUUCCACACGAGGCCUCGAUCUUCAUGCUGCAGAUGGUGGCUUGUCUAAGCAGGAGCGGAAACAGCAAAAACGCAACAAAAAUCGUACUAGCUCAGCUGGCGUGGAAGUAGUGGCUGCUGCCUCUUCAUCUUCUGCUUCUUCUUCCCCGGUUGUAGAGCAAGCCUCCUCAUUGAUAGGCGAAAAUGAGCGAACUCUCGAGCAUGGUAGUAGCACUUCUAGCAAGUUGUCGAAUGAUGAGGAUGAACAUGACGAGCCAGAUGAUGCAGAUUUUAGUAAUGAAGACGACAGCCGCAACGACGCAGGAGGAGCGUUUACGAGUGACGAUGGCUCCGACUACGGGGGAAACGUGGCUCCAGCUUCUAGUUCGAAACACAAUAGAGCUCCUUCACGUCGUGGCAGCAAGAAGACCGGUCGACAGUCGAAGCGCUCUAGUGCUGGUGACGAAGACGAGGACGACGAAGAGCAGUUCGUCGCGAGAACGAAGAGCAAGAAGACUAAGAAGUCUAAGAAGAGCAGGAGAGGCCAGGACGUGGAUCAUAGAGACCACAGAGACCAUCGGGAUGGCCUGAACUCCAAACACCACACUGGCGCAGGUGGCGGGGCUUCUUCCUCUGGCGUCGUCAAGGACAAAUCACUGAGACAAGAUCGAGAUCGUGCCCGAGGGGUGAGGAAACGAUCGGAGAAGAAGAAGGAGAAGAAGAAGAAGCGGGAUCGAGGAGACCGCGACGCCUCACUAGAAAAAGACCAUUCCGGAAGUGGCUUUUUCGAUCAAGUCAAUGUCCCCUCUUCAUCGUCAAGAAAGCACAAACAAGGAGAGACCUAUUAUGGAGACACGAAUAACCACGAAAUUAUUGCCACAACUAGGGGAGGGAAGGUGUCGAAAAAACGACGGAACAAGAAUGUAGAAAAAGCGGCAAAGCAAGUAAUACAACAGCACUCUGAAGAUGAGAAUCAGUCCGUAAGCGACAUCUCAGUGCGAAAAGCGGCUUCAGACGCAGCAUCGGGCGACGAACAGAGUGACUCUCAUCAUGCGCCACCGACGAAAAGUCAUAGAAAAGUAGAACCAGUGUCGGAGGAGGACAUCACAGUUCCGAAUAAGGCGUUUAAGCCGACAAGAAGGUACUUGCUUACUCUAGUUUUUCCGCCUUCUUCUUGUCUGCUAACUUUACACAUCAUGAUCAUGAUCAAUCAUAUGUUCACAUUCACCUUUUAUAAUACACAUCAAGAUCUUCAUAAAGCGAACAAGAUGAAGAUUGCUAAAGAUAAUAUCGCGAGUUGUUGUUCAAACUACACUUUAAAACACCUGGAGUAGUUAUCUAAGUCUUAGUUACACUACAUCAAAAAACCUACCACAGGGCCAUCCUCCAGCCUUCUAGUCCUUUAGUUGGCAAGCGUGGUCUGCACGGUUGGCCUCAAGAUGCUGAGUCCGGGGACGAGGCUGAGGAGCCAGAUCGCUGGCGCAGGGAGCGAGCAGCACAGGAACGCGUGAGAGGCUACGGAGCUCAGCCUUCGCGAUCGGCGUCUUUGUCAAUGCCUAAGAAUCACAAUCACAAUCAAGAGCCUGUAGGUAUUGAUAUCAAGCCGAAAGCGGCCAGAGCAAAAGCCAAACCGCAAAUGUUCAACUGGCUCAGGUCUGGACAGGUCAGGGGGUAACCGUAACUAUGUAAAUGGUGGUUUUACUCCUGGUUGUUCAUACCAUAUAUGCUGUUCAUCUAGACAUUCCCAUAUAUGCUGUAUUGCCUGAUCUUUUUCAGAAAUUUCCACGAAAUAAUUCAAUAAUCUGGGCUAUUUUUCUCAUUGUCAUUUAUAUUUGGGUCAACAUGGGGUAGUUAAGGUUAAGCAGCUUAGGAACAGGAAGAACUAUCAAAUAAUCUAGAUCUACCACGACAAGACGAAGAUGAUGAAAAUUUUUUUUCGAAUUUUUCGUGUGAUGGAAUGUCUUUGUUGAUCUAUCAUACUAUGCCUAAUAAUAUUAGCAUGCUAAUAAUAUUAAAUAUGGCUACCAGCACACUAAAAAUGAUCUACUUGUGCUCGUAAAAAACCUAUGGCUAUCGAAAACUGUACAUACGAACAUCUUGUCACAUGGGAACUUUGUCAAUCUAUAUGGGAACUUUAUUUCACUUUUUUGAAGCAAACUGUCUGAUCUGAAUAUUCACUGAUAAUUUCUGAAGCUGAGCUAAGAAGUGCUUUGAAUUUGAAGACAACUGAGAUUGAAUCCCCCCAACCUUUUGAGAUGAUCCCUCUCUGCUUUUUCCAACCUAUCCGAAAUUUAUUCGCUGGAGCUUGAGCAAGUGCAAGGAGGAGGAGGCGGAC